UUUAUACACGUGCGCUCUUAUAAUUAUGAAGAAGUCUUGAAAAAUCUAGUUCUCAGGAUAAAAGUGCAGCGUUUGCGAAAGCUCCUUUUCCUCAAAAUAAAUAGAAAAUUGCAAGUUGUUUCAAAAUUGCGCGGUGCUAUGAAGGAGAAGAGCAAAAACGCGGCGAGAUCGCGUCGAGAAAAAGAAAAUGCCGAAUUUUUGGAAUUGGCGAAAUUGCUACCGCUACCCGCCGCAAUCACCUCACAGUUAGAUAAGGCAUCGGUUAUAAGACUGACGACUUCAUACCUGAAAAUGCGACAAGUAUUUCCCGAUGGUUUGGGAGAUGCAUGGGGCGCAGCACCACCUGUAACCAAUUCCAGAGAAACUCCCAUUAAGGAGUUAGGUUCAUAUCUUCUUCAAACGCUAGACGGAUUUAUAUUUGUCGUUGCACCUGAUGGAAAAAUAAUGUACAUAUCAGAAACAGCCUCCGUUCAUUUGGGAUUGUCACAGGUAGAACUGACAGGUAAUAGCAUAUACGAGUAUAUCCCCCCCGCCGAUCAUGACGAGAUGACAGCGGUCCUAAGCCCGUCGAUGCCGCCUCCUGGAACUUCGCCCAACCAGGACUACGAAAGCGAGCGCAUCUUUUUUCUGCGCAUGAAAUGUGUGCUCGCCAAAAGGAAUGCGGGCCUUACAAAUGGAGGAUACAAGGUAAUCCACUGUUCUGGAUAUUUGAAAAUUAAACAGUUCUCCGCUUCAUCUUCGCCGUACGAGGGCUGUUAUCAAAAUAUGGGAUUGGUUGCCGUUGGACAUUCAUUACCACCUAGUGCAAUUACGGAAAUUAAAUUACACAUGAACAUGUUCAUGUUUAGGGCUAGUCUCGAUUUGAAGCUUAUUUUUUUAGAUGCCAGGGUAGCUCAACUUACGGGAUACGAACCUCAAGACCUCAUCGAAAAAACUCUAUAUCAUUAUAUACACGGAGGCGACAUAAUUCCGAUGAAGUUUUCUCAUCACCAGCUGCUUUGUAAGGGGCAAGUUACAACCAAAUAUUACCGAUUUUUAAGUAAAGGCGGAGGAUGGGUAUGGAUGCAGAGUUACGCGACGAUUGUGCACAAUUCGCGUUCAUCAAGACCGCACUGCAUUGUAUCGGUCAAUUACGUUUUAAGUGACCUUGAAGCGAAAGAUCUCAUUCUAAAUGCCGCCCAAGGUUCGCCCAGAGAAGAGUCUUCGCCAAAUAAACACUCUCCUCUCCAUACUCCAACGCGCACCUUGGGUGGCCAAUCCAAAUACCAACUCGCCAGAUCCGUACAAUCGUCCAUUGUAUCCACACCGGGAUCGUCAGUACCAGAAGACGAUUUCGAUUCCAAUGGCGUCAUCGGCUACCCCGCCGACUAUCCCAGUGUGUUCCUGCCCAAUUUUAGUGAAGAAAGUUACUACCAACAUCAGCACUCGGAAUUUAUAUAUCAAUAUGCCGAGUCGGAACUCGCCCAUCACGCGUUACACCAAAGUCAGCCGAGGCCAUUCAGUGCGUCGUCCAGUAGUUGUAGCAGUAGUGCCGAAAGUGAUCAACCACAUAAUCAAAGUGUACAUUUACAAUCGAUAGGUAAUCCGUACUGUGGUGAUUCAUUACCGGGACAACACUUUAUGAACUGUUUCAACAAUAAUCCGGCUCACACUCAGCACGGAAACUCCUAUUCGCACGAGUUUAAACACCUCGCCCAUUCGCAAGGGCCGACUGGCUACACCAGUGUUAUAGUUGAUGCCCAACAAUACCAUGCGACACACGAAUACGUGCACUGACCUUCGGAUAGUGCGGCAACACUGUAAUAAUUCACUCGGCCGUGUUGCCAAUUUUAUGUUGAAAUAAUAUUACCUAUAUUUUUAAAGAAUUAUUUUGUGUUACUCCUUUUACUAUCAUUAUUAUCCCGAAUAGCGUGCCAUAUAUUAUAUAACAUUUGUUUUGAACGUUUCCCUGUAUCAAAAACAAAUUACUUGUACCUAUUUAUUUAUACUUAGCUUGGAUUCAUUUUAUUUUAUAAAAGUAUAUUAUACAGAAUGUAGUUGUUUGUGACAAUAAUUUUGAGACUGUGAAACUUGUAUUUGUAAAUAUAACGUAAAAUAUUGUAUAUUACCAUAUUUAAAUACUUAUGUCUGACCAAAUAU